ACGUCAUUCGAAGGACCAGAUUUUUUUCCCCGAAAUAGUGAAAAGGCCUUGGUGACCACCAACCGCGGGAAGCUCAUAACCGCCGCAACCUGGCUUACGAACAAAAUGUACCGCGCGGGGAUCCCGAACACGUCUGGUAAAGAGAGCAAACGUGGCCGCCUGCGAAGGCUGAAAUUGUCUCUCCCGGACGUGUGUGGCUCCUGCUUCAUUCAUGAUCUUGUGUUUCUUGCAGCCAUGUCUGACAUCGAAGAGGAGUACGAGGACCAGGCAGAGGAAGGUAAUGACGCGCAGGAUCUGUUCCAAAGUGUUGAUCAAAAGCAUCAAAGUCUGUGCGCAAUCUGCGUCUUUCCCUGCCAGAGGUGGAAGAGGAGGAGGAGGAGGAGGAAUAUGAACAGCAGCAUGAGGAAGAGGAAGAGGAGCAACCGGUCUAUGAGGAUGAAACAGAGGAGGAACGUCCCAAACCAAAGUAGGUCUGCUUUUUGAUCUUUCUUUGACUCUGUUUUGCUGUCGCACGAGAGCCGCACAAAAUAUCAAGCGUUUCAUGCAUUUUGCAGACACGCGCAACCCAGUGAAGGAAGUGUAUUUAUUUUUUUUUCUUCAUUAGAAAUUAAUGUUUUUCCGUGCUGAUAAAUCGUCUGAGAGGAUGAAAAUUCUGCAAG